AUGACGACCCAUAACAUCCAAUACAGAAAGAGCCAGCCUGUUUACUCCCAUCCUGAUCUUACGCCAAGGAUCAAUCUUUUAUCUACAAAAACCCCUCGAUCCGAUGCUGACAGGAGACAGAGAGAGCCGCCUAGUCGUCAGAAUGCACGCAGUUCUCUUUCCAGGGCAACAAAUCUACCACUGUCACAGCAGCAGCAACAGCAACAGCAGCAACAGCAGCAACAGCAGCAGCAAAAACAUGAAUAUCAGCCAAGAUUAAAUGACAUAAACAUAAUUCCAACAUCUCCUAUCAAACCCUCUCUUCCAUCAUCACCGACGCUUGGAAACAUAUAUCAAUCAAUCUACAAUGAACAAGAGCCUCAAAAGAGGGAUCUUUUCAAAGUUGGGAGCCGUUUGAUAUAUUGGGAAUCCCCCAUUCACUCCCUCAUAGUCCUAGCUGGCCUAUUACUCCUUGUCUGCUGGUCUCCGCAACAUCUCAUCUUAGGUAGUCUUUGUUGGAUAAUCAGUCUGGACCUCGCAAUUGUCCAAGCAGCCAGGAUUUUACAUAAUAUAGUAUUCCGUCUUCCUUAUGAUACAGUUCCUCACCCAUUCAAAACCUUACUAAGAGUAUCCGAUCAAACCUCCUUAUCCCGUCCUAGCAGCUCAACAUGGGCUGGGAUGGCGAGCACAGAGAUGUACAGGGUUAUACUGGUUCAGGACAAAAGAAAGAGCCUGAUGUGGUUGGCAGGCACGAUGUCUUAUCUAGCCAUCUCAGCUUGGGUAUCUACCCGUACCUUGCUGAUCCUUGCAUGUAUUGGUCUAUUUUCUGUACCCAAAGUGAUGUUGGAUCUCCAAAAUACAAGCUAA